UAUCCCAUCAGGUUUCAAUCCUCUGCGGCUUGGCUCUCUCUGGAUCCAGAUUUGAGGAAAAUAAUCCAGGAAAAUAAACCAGACUCAACUGAAUCCUGAGAAGACGAUGUCUGCUGUUUUUUCUUGAGGUCUGAUUUUUUAUUUUUGUGCUUUCUAAACAUGAGAACAAUGGAGGGCCAGCAGCUGCUGCUCAGAGGACUGAUGGUCAUCACAGCUUGUUUUCAGGCUCUCUGUGCGUCAGAUAUUUGCAGCGAGGAGGUGGCCCGGCUGCAGGAGCAGGAAAAGCGUUUGAGGAUCCAGCUUCAGACGCAAGAACUCGUCCUACAGAGAUUACAGCAGCUGAACCAACCUGACAACAACAACAACAACAAUAGUGUCAAACCUGACCAGAGCCAGGACACCCAGUACGCAGACUGUUCCCAGCUCUUCACUGCUGGCUUCAAAUCCAGCGGCUCUUAUGAGAUCAGACCUCGGGGGAGUCUGUCUGCAGUCAGAGUGUACUGUGAUAUGAGGGAUGGAGGAGGGUGGACCAUCAUUCAGAGAAGAAUCAAUGGAGCAGAGAGGUUUAACAGGUCGUGGGUGGAGUAUAAGGACGGUUUUGGAGACAUGAAUUCAGCACUGGGAGAGUUCUGGCUUGGAAAUGACAACCUUCAUUUGAUUACAACACAAGGGAACUAUUCUCUGAGGAUUAACCUGGAGGACUUUGACGAUAACCAGCGCUAUGCUGAGUACAAGAACUUCAAAGUGGCCAAUGAACAGGAUCACUAUCUCCUGGACUUCGGAGAGUAUGUGGGCACAGCUGGAGAUGCUCUGGCUGGAAGUUAUCAGGUGGGGGUAUCACCCUGGGCCAGUCACCAGGGGAUGAAAUUCAGCACCUACGACCAGGACAACGAUAACUACAAAGGAAACUGUGCCCAGGAAGACAAAGGAGGCUGGUGGUUCAACAAGUGCCACUCAGCUCAUCUGAACGGCAAAUACUACCACAAUGGACACUACAGUGCGACCACAGAUGAUGGUGUGGUGUGGUACCCGUGGAGAGGAUGGUGGUACUCCCUGAAGACCAGCAUCAUGAAGCUGCGGCCGACCAACUUCAAAAUUGAUCCUAUUGAUGACCCGAAUGCUCUUCCUCCCAGAACACAUUUCUAGAGAAGACACAAGUAGAAAGUUUAUGCCCAACAUUGACCCUGGUUUGAGGAUUUUGAGCAUAAACACUUUGAUGGUGGAAAUCAGACUUAAGUUUGAGAACGCACUAAAACAUUCACUAGCAUUAUAUCGAACUCAUAUAAUACGGACUUGUUUGCACUGUAAGUACUGAUCAGUUUUCUGAAAUGGUCAUAGCUAAGUUAAAGCUUUCAAGUACAAACUCUAAAGACUUUGGCAUAUAGCUUGUCAGAGGACUUUUCAAAACUUCUGGCUUGUUUAAGAGGACUGACUACUGCAGGGGGAAGUAGCAGGCACACACAGAUGUCUAUGCUGGAGGAGGAGGAGGAGGAGGAGGGGGAAAUUUGAUGCCAGUGAGUAUGUCAGAUACAAGAGAAGGCUAGAGACUGAUGACAGCGAGAUUUUCUAUAACUGAAGGUUUUAUUUCAAACAUCAAUGUGGGAUAAAACAAGUAUUUUAUUCUAGUUUGGCCGCAUUUUAUGAAGAAGAAUAUAUAUCCCAAACAGUUACAGAAAUGAUGUUAUUAUGGAUGAAGACAACAGACAUUAAAUAAGAAUACAGCUGUUUCUAAAGCUGUUAGACCUAAGGUUCAGAAAUGUCAUGUUUAUUAUGGUUAUAUUUUAAGGUUUUAGCACUCACUGUUUAUUCUCACACUUACAGGUUAUCAUUUAUAGCUCUGCUGUAGAACAUACAUUAACUUCUAUAUCUCUUUGAUAUUUGUAUUAUAACCACAAUUCACAAAAUAAAACAAUAAAGCACUCCAAAAAUGUC